AUGGCUGCAAGUGAAACCGUUCGAGUUAUUUUACGAUGUCGACCGAUAAACCAACGUGAAAUUGAUUUAAAAUGUCAAACCAUAGUUUCAAUGAGGGCAGAAUUAAAUCAAGUUCUAUUAGAACAUGUUGAACAAAGUAAUGAACCACCAAAACAAUUUACAUUCGAUGCAGUUUAUCCAGAAGAUUCAAUAACUGAAAAUAUUUAUGCUGAAUCAGUUUUUCCACUUGUUGAAAAUGUACUCGAAGGAUAUAAUGCAACAGUAUUUGCUUAUGGACAAACAGGAAGUGGAAAAUCUUUUACAAUGCAAGGAAUAAAUACACCAGGUUCGCUACAACGUGGUGUUAUACCUCGAUCAUUUGAGCAUAUAUUUGAUGCAUCAUCAAUAGCAAGUGGUACUAAAUAUCUUAUUCGUUCAUCUUAUCUUGAAAUAUAUAAUGAAACUAUUCGUGAUUUACUUGCCAAAGAUGUUAAAACAGCACUUGACCUCAAAGAACAUCUUGAUAAAGGUGUUCAAGUACAAAAUUUAUCAUGGCAUCCAUGUUCAAGUGUAAACGAUUGUGAACGUCUUAUGGAAAAAGGAAAUCGAAAUCGUGCAACAGGUGCUACACUUAUGAAUAAAGAUUCUUCUCGAUCACAUUCAAUAUUUACAAUUGUUACGGAAAUGUGUAAAAGAAGUGAAACUGAUGGAAAAGAUCAUAUUCGUGCUGGUAAACUUAAUUUAGUUGAUUUAGCUGGUAGUGAACGACAGUCAAAAACACAUGCUGAAGGUGAACGUUUACGUGAAGCAACUCGAAUUAAUUUAUCACUUAGUGCAUUGGGUAAUGUUAUUUCAGCAUUAGUUGAUGGACGUUCAAAACAUAUUCCUUAUCGUGAUUCAAAAUUAACACGACUUUUACAAGAUUCACUUGGUGGUAAUACAAAAACAUUAAUGGUUGCUUGUAUAAGUCCAGCUCAUGAUAAUUAUGAUGAAACACUUUCAACAUUACGAUAUGCUAAUAGAGCAAAAAAUAUUAAGAAUAAACCUCGUAUUAAUGAAGAUCCACGUGAUGCUCAAAUGAAAUUAUUACAAGAAGAAAUAAAUCGUCU